AUGUCUUUUCGGAAGGCACCCUUGAAAAGAUUCAGUGACCCUUCGGGUGCUUGCACUCCUUCUCCAGGUGCUUAAGAUGUUAAAACUUCAGAAGUAUCUAAAGGACCAGUGUCUUUUCAGAAAUCACAAAGAUUUAAAAACCAAAGAGAAUCUCAGCAAAAUCUUAACGUUGACAAGGAUUCUUCUACCUUGCUUGCUUCAGCUAAAAAAACAAACACAUUGGUGUCAGACAUGGAGCAUCAGAAGAAUGGUAAAGAUUUAAAGAGAUUAGAAAAAGAGAUUCGUGUUCUUUUGCAAGAGCGAGGUGCUCAGGACAAACGGAUCCGGGAUCUGGAAUCUGAGUUGGAAAAAAUAGAAGCAAAGCUAAAUGCAUCAGUCAGAGAGAAAACAUCUCUCUCUUCAAGUCAUGCUUCCCUAGAAAAAUGGCUUAUGGAGCUAACCAGAGCCAAUGAGCUACUAAAAUCUAAGUUUUCUGAAGAUGGUCACCAAAAGAAUAUGAGAAGGCUAAGCCUGGAAUUGAUGAAGCUUAGAAAUAAGAGAGAAACAAGGAGGAGGAGUGUGAUGGCAAAGCACGAAGGCAUGGAGCUGAAGCUGCAGGCCAUGCAGAGGGACCUCGUAGAGUCUCAGGGGAAAAUAGAGCAGCUGGAGGGAAAACUCUAUAAAGCAUCAGCACUUAAAGAAAUAGAAGAUUGGAAGCUGGAGAACUUGACUCUACAAGAAAAAGUAGCCGUGGCUGAAAAAAGUGUAGAAGAUGUUCAACAACAGAUACUGACAGCCGAGAGCACAAUUCAGGACUAUGCAAGGAUGCUUCUAGAUUUACAGAACAGAUCAACAUUGAAAGAAGCAGAAAUUAAAGAAAUUGCAUUUUUGUUUCUUGAGAAAAUAAUAGAUUUGCAAAAUCAGCUCAGACAGCAAGAUGAAGACUUUUGGAAGCAAUUGGAAGAUGAAAAAGCAAAAAAAGCAGAGAAAAAGAAUAGAGUGACAGAGAUAACCAUGGAAAAUGAUAAAUGGCGCCUCAUGUAUGAAGAACUGUAUAACAAAACUAAACCUUUCCAGCAACAACUGGAUGUAUUUGAAGCAGAGAAGCAGGUAUUAUUGAAUGAAUAUGGUGCAACUCAGGAACAGCUAAAUAAAGUAAGAGACUCAUAUGCGGAGCUACUGGGUCACCAGAAUCUAAAGCAAAAAAUCAAGCAUGCUGUGAAAUUGAAAGAUGAAAAUAGCCAACUCAAAUCGGAGGUGACAAAACUCUGAUCUCAGCUUAUUAAAAGGAAACAAAAUGAGCUCAGACUCAAGGGAGAAUUGAUUAAAGCUCUGGGCAUCAAACACUUUGACCCUUCCAAGGCUUUUCAUCAUGAAUCUAAAGAGAAGUUUCCUGUCAAGACCCCAUUAAAAGAAGAUUUCAGAACUCUGGAUCUACAGGGCAAUCGAUCGGUAAGUGUCCGGGAUUGUCGGACCCAAAAGGUUAGGUUCUCAGGUCAAGACAGAUUACAGUCCGCAGUAAAGCGGGGGAUGGCUGACGACCCUGUAGUCAUGGGGAAUUCGUCAUCAUGUCCAAUCAAAGCAGCCUUAAAAGAGCUAUUGAAAGCCAAAGGCUUAAAAAUGAAAGAGGAAGUCAUUGUAACCUUUCUGAGAGAAGUAGAUAUAAUUGCCCCCUGGUUUGCGGUCUCUGGGCACCUGAAUGUGAACUGUUGGGAUAAAUUGGGCAGAGAAUUAGAUUUCGCCUGGGAGCAGGGGAGCUUAAAAGGAGGAGUCCGCCCCAUAUGGAGGCUUGUCCGUAGCUGUCUGGAGGACGAGAAGUGCUGUCAGGCAGUUGAGAAAUCCUCCGAAGCAUUAGAACAGCUACAAGAGAGUAGGUCCGAAGGGGCUUCCAGUGAGAAGGACAAGAAAACACCGGAGGGAGGGCGCCUCUACCACGACCUCCAUGGCUUCAUGACAGAUGGAGAGUCCUCCUCAAAGAGUAGUUCAGAAGAGGAGGAAAAAAUGGAGGAAAUGGAGAAGGAGCUUGAGAACCUCAUGGCCAAGAUGGAGGCAUUAGCCAAGAGGCAGCACAAAGGAGGGGGAAGGAACAAGAAAGCGGAAGUAGCCGCACCCAAGAGCGAGGACUCGCCAUCUUGGCGCGUCUCUCUGUCCGCGCCUCCGCCUUAUGCGGACACGUCAUCGCUACAGUCAUCACAUUCUUUGUGCCCAGAAGUAUGGAAACAGGCUAGUGCUACUUUUCCCAUUUUUGUGGACGCCAAUAAUCAGCGUUACCAUGAACCACUAGAUUUUAAGGAGCUCAAGAGUCUGGCUGAAUCCGUCCAAACUUAUGGCCUCCAGGCCUCCUUCACACACGCUCACCUGGAGCGCCUUGCCAAUAAGGCCAUGACCCCUGUUGAUUGGUUCAGCACGGUUAUCCUCCAGAGGUUUAUGCACAAAUUAACACUUUGGCCAUUAAGGCCUGGAAGUCCCUGCCCAACCGUGGCGAGGUCCGGGGGAACUUAA